CUACGCUGUGGAGAGGACGCCAGCGUACCGACCUGUAAAUGAACGAUUGAAAAGCUAACAUUUAUUAGAUAUUUGAUAUAUGCCAAAAUGACGAGGAAAGUUGUUUUGGUGACCGGUGCUAACAGUGGUAUUGGCCUUGCAUUGUGCGAGCGGCUCCUGACUCAGGACAGCCAGAUCCAGCUGUGCCUGGCUUGCAGGAACAUGCAGAGGGCCGAGGCUGCCCAACAGGCUCUGCUGACCUCUCACCCCGAUUCAGAGGUGGCCUUGCUCAAACUAGACGUGGGCAACCUCCGCUCGGUUCUACAUGCAGCCCAAGAGGUCAAAUUAAGGUAUAGCAGACUGGACUACAUCUAUCUCAAUGCUGGAAUCAUGCCCAAUCCUCAACUGGAUAUCAAAGCCUUUUUCAAGGGUCUGUUCUCAUGCAACGUUAUCAAUAUGUUUGCAACAGCCGAGGGCAUUCUUACCCAAACAGACAAUGUUACCUCAGAUGGACUACAGGAGGUUUUUGCCACCAAUCUAUUUGGACAUUUUCUUUUGGUCAGAGAGCUGGAACCUUUAUUAUGUAAGCCUGAUCAAACCUCGCAGGUGAUUUGGACGUCGUCCAGCAAUGCCCACCGAUCUGCCUUCAGCCUUGAGGACCUUCAGCACCAGAAGGGCACGGAGCCUUACAGCUCCUCCAAGUACGCCUCAGACCUGCUCAGUGUUGCGCUGAACCGCAAGCACAAUCAGCAGGGCUUGUAUUCGUCUGUGAUUUGCCCAGGACUGGUAAUGACCAAUCUGACAUAUGGGAUCCUGCCAUCCUUCUUUUGGACACUAUUCAUGCCCAUUUUGUGGCUGAUUAGAGUCUUCACCAACACAUUCACCUUGACACCUUACAAUGGAGCUGAGGCAUUGUUCUGGCUGUUCAUGCAGAAACCUGAGUCCCUGGAUCCUCUGGUCAAAUACCACAGUUUGACCUCUGGGCUUGGCAACAACUACACUCAGCCUCACAAGAUGGAUAUUGAUGAGGACUGGUCAGAGGCCCUUUAUAAAAAGCUUCAAGACCUUGAAGACAAAUUACGGAAGAAAUUGGCAGAGGAAGAACAUCAGAAUCAAUAAUAUAUGUCACCAGUAAUUUGAGCAAAAUCCUUUUAUCUGUAGGGCUAUUUUGGUCCCAACCCAAACAUGGAAACACUGAAAAGACUGUUGGUUCCCACACUUCAGGUCCUUUGGUCAAUGAGUUUACACCUACUGAUGCAAUACAAAAGACAACUUUGGCAACUUUUAUUUAAUUCAUCAAGGAAACAUGUGAUUAUGCAAUAGUUGCUCAUUUUAAAGAAAGAUUUUUUUGUUUUUGCUGUCACAUUUCACUAUUAAAUGACAUACGAUGACAGGAUCGUUUAUUAUGCUAUAGAAAUGUGUCUGUCACCUCUUUGAAGUUACCCUUCUAAAACAAAAACGUUUUGUAAAGUCUUAUGAUGUGACCUUUGGGGAAUAGUAAGAUAAUUAACAUUCCAGUGCUAGUUUGAGGAAUCAGUACAAUUUGCUUUGGGGGAUGCUGCAUCAGCUCUGCUAUUCCUUCAGGCUGCAAGAGCCUAUCAGGUGAAGUCUACAUCUAAUGCAUUAUGUUGCAUCUAAAGUAUAUCUUUGUGACAUAAUCAUCCUAUUUAAAUCCACAACAGGCCCUGAACAUCAGUCCAAAUGAUCUGCUCAUUACUGAACUGUCCUCUUGACAGGACCACUAGCGGUUCUGGUUUGAAUGAUGUCACUCUGUCCCUCUCAGCCUCACUGUUCUGUUGUGAACACAGAGCAGCCAUCCGGAAUCAGAUAAAGGACAGGCUGGGGCACAGGGACACUGAGUCUGCAGUGUCAUCACCUUCCAUUGCUGUGACCUGGGUCGGCAUGGGAACUCUAGUCACAAUAGCACUGGCUCUCUAGAGUUAAGUGUGGCAGUUUGCAUUUCCCCUCUAUGAAAUGUGAUCAAAUGUCCGCUGCUUAGGCAAUGUUCUUUUUUAGCCUGUUAUUUUCCAGAUAACUAGGCUACCUACACUGAAUUUAUUUGUUGGCAUAUUCUAUAGCAAGUUUUAUUCAAUUAAAAAAAUGCAUUUAAAAAAUAUGAUAGGUGCACAGUGUGUGCUUUACCUCUGGGAUGUAUAAUUGUCUUCCACAUGCCACUGUUUUGUGCUUUCAGCAGGUGUGUUUUGAGUGCCUUUGUGUACAUUCCAUUUAAAUAAUAAUCAAUGACCGUAUGAGUCUGCAUUACAUGUGACAUACAUAAUGUAUUCAUGUCAAUAACUGUGAUUCGUGGUU